GAUCCGCCCUAGACCAAAUAAUUAUGACGUCUUGCAAGGCUUUUUUAUAACUUUUUUAUGACAUAAAAAUAUAAAAAAGCCUUGCAAGACGUCAUAAUUAUUUGGACUAGAUCCGCCCCUGCUGAGGAUCACACAUACAUGUGCUGAGUUAAAGCAUAAAUUUGUGGACUUGCACCCACAUACCUUUAAUUGGGAAAGCAUAUACUGUAAUUUAAUUGCAUGACAUCUUGUUUUUGUACACAAAUUAUCACAAAGACUUUUCAAUUUUCUUCUUCUUUUUACAGCCCCUUAGAACUGCAAUUAAAUUGUGGAUCCGCCCUUCUCUAAACAAUUUAAAUUAAAGAACCUUUUCUUUGAAUUCCAGAGUUCUUCCAAAGUUGCCGGCCAGGAGAGAAACUGCAAUCAUUUCUGUUGUCAAAGAUGGAGAAAUAUUCCGAAAAUUCAUAGUAAGAACAGACAUAGUAACGUUGCUAAAGUUAGAAAGCGGAGAUGAAGAGGCUAUUUCCCGAUUUUUGGAAGAAAGGGAUUAUGUCGAUGGUCAGGUAACUGUUAGUAUCCUGAGAGUGGAAUCUAGCCAAGCUACGGAUAUGCCUAGUAUGAGCACUCAAGCCAGCACAAGUGCCACUAGCCAAGCCAGCACAAGUGCCACUAGCCAAGCCAGCACAAGUGCCACUAGCCUAGCCAGCACAAGUGCCAAACAGAUACCAUCGACAAGCUCAACAUGGUCUAAAGAUUCUGAAAAAUUUUUGCUUGAUUUGUAUGAUAAAUACGAGAAGAGUAAAUCCUUCAUAAAAAAUAAAUGGGUGAGAAUAUCCCAAGAGAUUGCGGAAAAACUCUCAAUACAAGUUAUUCCAGAGCAGUGUAGGAUCAAAAUAAGAAGUAUGAAGGAUAGAUUUGAAAGAAUGAAAAAGAAACUAAAAACAAGUGGCGAGAGUAACAUUGAAAUCCCAACAGAAUUUACAGUGUUUGAAAGCCAACAUGAUGUACAACCAAAAUAUCUGUUGGAUUCCAGUAAGCCUAAAAAAGCUGAAAGUUCCAGUGAAGAGGAAGAAACUAGUAACCCAACGCCUUCCAAGAGAAAAAUGAAAGUGUCUACUUCAUGUCCUGAACCUCAAGUUGACCUCAUGACGCCUUUCACUAAGAAUUCCUGGAGGGGGUAUCUUUUACAUCAGUCGUGUAACAUUGCUGGUCAUUCAUGCCGAAAUAGCAUUGUAAAAAGCAUAAACCAAAGGGAGAUGGGAGGUUUUUUAGGAAAUCCUUUUGGAUUUAUUAGAGUUGCUUACCUGACUAGGUUUCCAACCACUACGCCAAGAUACCAAACAUGUGACAAGAUGACGAAACAAAUCGAGUUUAAAUUUCAUUCAGGAUGUCAAAAUGGAUGCUAAAGGCUAAAGAAAAGAAGAAAAAGAAGACAACUGAUCGUUUCGAGUUAUUGGCUGAGGCAUCAGAAAGGCGACACACGGAAAAAAUGGAAUGCUUCAAAAGUCUUAUAGAUGUCAUGAAAGACAUUGCAAAAAAGUAGAUCCAG